AUGGGUCGAGCAAGACAACCGGCGCCGACGACGUGGAGGAAUAUUGCAGCGUUUUGGCUGUUCGGCCUCUGUAAUAAUUAUGGCUACGUAAUUAUGCUGAGCGCCGCCGACGACAUUAUUCACAAACAAGCCGAAGGGGUGCCGUUCAAUAAGAAGUGUAUGGAAGAAAUCGAAACACGGUCUUGCCAUGGCCGUGCUUCGACAGGCGCCAUUUUGUUGGCUGAAAUUUUGCCGAUUCUCGUCAUUAAAAUCGUGAUGCCAUUUUUCUGCCACAAGAUACCUUACGGAUUCCGACACUUUACUGUGGUCGCGCUUCAAUUUUCUGCCUACCUCGUCGUGGCCUAUGCGACGAGUUUUGAAAUGGCUAUUUUUGGAGUCGCCAUGGCAGCUGUCGGGUCCGGAAUUGGAGAAAUUACAUAUCUAUCGUUAUCGUCUCACUUUCCGAUUUCUACAAUAGCUGCUUGGUCUUCUGGAACUGGAGGUGCAGGAAUUGUUGGCUCCUUUGCCUAUGCAGCCCUGACGGAGCCUCAACUUGGAGGUCUGACACCACGGAUGACGAUGCUGAUCAUGCUGACAAUUCCCGUGGCGUUCGCCGUCGCCUACUGGGUCGUGCUACAAUUCCCGAAGACGGUAUACUCACCGGGAUGCACGCCUUCUUCUUGGUUGGUGCCAGAGGACAUCGGGCGACGGGAAAAGCGCAUGUCAGCGUGCUGCACAGAAAUUCGGGAAGUCCUGAACGCACAGCCUUUGCUAGAAGCCGGCGACGAGUCCCAUCUCGCGUCCCAGCGGAGUCUGACCUUUGGAGACCGAGUGAACUUGAUAAAACCCUUGCUCAAAUUUAUGGUGCCACUGAUGCUCGUCUACUUUGGAGAGUAUCUGAUCAAUCAGGGAUUGACUCAACUCGUCUACUUCAACUGCGCAAAUGGGUUAGGGUUGUCGAAAGGCAGUCAAUAUCGAUGGUAUCAGGUUCUCUACCAAGUGGGGGUCUUCAUCUCACGGUCAUCAGUUCGGUUCAUCGAGCUCCCACAAAAAGUGCUCUAUCUGCUUCCGAUUUUACAGUUAGCAAACGCCGUACUUUUCUACAUCGAGGCGAGGUACGCCUUCGUGCCGCACAUCUGGAUAGUGUUCGCCGUCAUCCUGAUGGAGGGGUUGUACGGCGGGUCCAGCUACGUGAACACAUUCAAUCAUAUACAUAAAAAUGUACCAGUGGACGUUCGGGAAUACUCACUUUCCAUCGCCUCGCUCGCCGACUCGAUCGGUAUCGUCGGGGCUGCAUUCACCGGUAUUUUGCUCCACAACAACAUCUGCGACCAGCUCGGG